GGAGGGGUAUCGUGUCCUCUCGCGUGUCCUCUUGAAUCAUCUUUGGCCGUAUCCCGUAGCCAUUUUGGCUCAAGGCUGGCCGACCGAACGCGCCAGGCCGAAGGGCAGCCCGACAUCUGCGCGCGUGCCGUGCCAUGCUGCGCGUCAGGACCGAGCAAGUGCGCCGCCCUUCGCUGCGCUGCGCCGAUGCCCUGCCGGACCUGUCGGACCGCAUCAUGGCCCUGGGCCUGCAGGACGAAUACGACAUGUUCCGGGAGCGCUACCUGGGCUGGAGGAGGGGCAAGGCCCAGGGCGCCAAGGGGGAGCCCGUCUCGCUGCAGAGUGCCGCGUUGCCCGCGGCGGGGCCGCAAGACUUUGGCUACUGGUACCCGAAUCUGGAGACGUGGCAGUGGCGCCGAACCAUCUCGUUCUGGAUCGGGCUGACCUUCUUCGAGGGCGCAGUGUUCUACACCAUGAGCUCCUUCCUGGGCAUGGUCUCGGAUCUGGGAGACAACGCCGCACCUCUGACCACGGGAGGUCUUGUGUGGGGGAAGCUCCACUUCAUUAUCUGUACCUACCUGAUGGUCCUCGGGGCGAUGAACGUGCAGGCAGAGGAUGUCUCCGAAGCGGGCAAGGCUAUCGGUGACAUCGAGAGCAACACCGGCCACGGCCCUCAAGCGGGUGUCCCCAAUCCGCGCGAGUUCGGACAGACCGCUGAACAGGAGAACGAUGGCAGCACCUGCAGCGGCACCACGGCGUCACCGAAGGGCGCAGCAGCGGGCGGGCUCGAGGCUUCGAGCAGAUUCGUGCUCAAUCCGUUUGCGUACAGGACGGCCAUCGCCAGGCUGCGCUCCUCCGGUGCCGGGCCGUGGCCGUACGUGGCCGCGCUGGUCUACUUCACCGGGUGCCUCUCGUUCGGCCUCGGCCUGCUGGCGGAGCUCACCUGCCCGGACGACGUGGCGGCUCCGCUGCUGGACGCGUGCUUCCUGCUCGGCUCUUUCCAGUUCGUUAUGGGUGGGCUGGCGGAGUGCAUCGAGAAUGAGGUCUUCACCUCGCUGAGCAUCACCACGGCGUGGACGGGCUCGCUGCUGAACUUCCUGGCUGGCCUGUUGCUCCUCUUGGCCUCAGUCUUGGCAUUCAUCCCCGCGGUGCCGAGCUUCUGGGCGAGCCUAGGGUUCGGAGUUGGCUCUGCGCUCUUCGUGCUCGGUGGGUCGAUCCAGCUCGUUCUUUGGCGGGACGAGCAGUUCGGCCUCACCUACAUGGGUGUGAUCAACAAGCUGGGCGGGAGCAGCGGGCGGCCCCUCGUGUCCAGCGGGGCAGACGGCGCAGUGAGCGAGGAGGUGAGCUUCUCCUGCACGGGGCUGUUCUUCAUCCACCUCUUCAGCGUGGCCGCGGCCAUCAGCUGUUACGACUUCAACAUGCGCCUGGUCGACCUGAUGCAGCAUCCGUCGAUGGAGUACUUUCACAGGGCCGUUUGCGAUUUGACCCCUGCGGUCAUCUUGCACAUGGAGAUUGCGCUGCGGUCGGCUGUUGUGAGGACGCCGCCUGGCGCGCCCUACCGGCAGUUGUUCGUCCUGAUGAGGAUUGUGGCAACCUUUCUAGUUGUGAAUUCAGGGGUCAGCUUCAUACAGCUGGUGUUGAAUCCCGGUGCUACCGAAGCGUAGGCACACAGCCGAGCACGCGCAGGAAUGUGUGUAUCACAGUUUCGUGCAUACCUGAGGUGGUCGUGGACAGGUGUUUCAGUGUAGUUCCCCAGAGACCCCAUUUCCGAAUGCACGCGCCGCGUCUUACAGCUAUCGCGGCAUGCGUUCCAGAAGAGGGCAGGGCGACGAGUCACGCGCACACGCUCUGGCAAAACGAAAAAACAACAUGUUUGGCC